AUGGCUGCCCCUCUCAUUUCCAUCCGCAGGACAGACGACAAAAUCGAAAUCGUCGACCAGCUUCUGCUGCCCCAUGUCACAAAGUUUGUCGAAAUAAGCUCGAUUGAGGAGGCCCAUGAAGCUAUCAAGUCCAUGAAGAUUCGCGGUGCACCUGCGAUCGCAUCCUUGGCUUCUCUCUCGUUGGCCCAAUACCUCACAAGAGCCCUGAGGCAGACUCCAGAGCCAGAAUUCCUCGCUUCAGGCCAGGCGAUCAAAAACCAUGUCCAACCUCUGCUCGACUACCUCCUCACAUCGCGUCCGACCGCCGUAAACCUCGGAAACGCAACCAAGCGCCUCUCAAAACUCAUCGACGAUAGCAUCGCGGCUAACGAAGCUCCCAAGUCGAUAGUGCAUUCUCUGAUUGAGGAUGCCAAGUUGAUUGCGGAUGAGGAUGUUGGCAGGAACAAGGCGAUGGCGAAAUGGGGAGGCGAUUGGCUCAUCAAGAGGGUUCAGCCAUCUACCCCGAAGAGCUUGAACGUCUUGACUGUGUGCAACACUGGAUCAUUGGCCACUUCCGGAUAUGGAACCGCUCUUGGUCUCAUCACGUACCUCCACGAGGUUGGGCAACUCAACAAGGCCCAUUUCACGCAGACCACUCCUUACCACCAGGGAUCGAGGCUAACUGCUCUCGAAUUGAAGACCCUCCAAAUCCCCUCCGUAAUGAUUUGCGACACCAUGGUUGGCUCUCUCUUCCAACACCACGACAUUCACGCUGUCGUAAACCAACGCUCCACCUUGAUAGUUGUCGGCGCUGAUAGGAUCGCAAAGAAUGGUGAUACUGCCAACAAGGCAAGUUCCAUACCUCGAAUUGGAACUUACAACGCCGCAGUUAUCGCAGCACGACAUAACAUCCCGUUCAUCGUUGUCGCCCCCAUCACCACUGUAGACCUCGAAAUCGACAGUGGGGCUCAGAUCCCCAUCGAACAACGACCACCCCUCGAAGCUUGCUUGGUACGCGGGGCAGUGUACCCCCUGCCUGAAUCCGGCGAAGUCGAGCAAGCCCAGGUGUUGUUGACCCCGGUCGGCCUGGAGGGAAUCUACAACCCCAGCUUCGAUGUCACACCUGCCGAGCUGAUCACUGCGAUUGUGACUGAAAAGGGUGUUGCAGUUAAGGCUGAAGGUCAGAACGUGUUUGAUCUUACUCCUAUCGUUUGA